UCAACUUUGUGUCACGAAAGUCUUGUUUUUCAAAACUUUAACUUGGAGAUGAAAAAUAACGCCAAAUAUGAGGGAAUUUGAACUUCAAAGCUUGAAAUCACUUAGAUCUGUCCCUCUCGUUUGUAUAAAAAUCAUUAGCUCGUCAGGAAAAGCAAGUAAUCUAACAGUAAGUUUACGUGAUACAGUGAAGGCCGUGAAAGAUAAAGCACUAGGGGGAGAAUUUUCGAAGGAAUCUCCGUGCUAUAAACUCAUCCUCGCCAGAUCGAGUAGUGAACUGAUUGACCAGAAAACUCUAGAGGAAGAAAAUGUACAAGAUGAUGACGAAUUAGUACUCAUCAGAAAACGACCUCAUACUAGUGCUGAUAUCGCCGAAAAAGAAUGUAAAACAAGUCCUUACCAAGUGCCUGACCUAAAGGGGGUCAAGAAGCUGACUGCCAAGCUUGUCGCUGGUAAGAUAAAGGAGCCAUCACCCAGCUUGUCACCUCUCACUCUAGAUUUCAAUUCAGAACUCAGGAGAAUACUCAUCUCCUUGAUUGACUCUUCCAUACUUCUUCAAUCUGUGAAUGCUGCUGAUGAAACUGAUAGCUCAGGUCAAGAAGAGGACAAUCAGCCUAAUGUUGAUCCAACUGCACUCAAACAAUUAGUAGAUAUGGGAUUCAAAGACUCAAGAGCUAAAAAGGCUCUGAUAUUGAACAGAAUGUCUCCUAUGCUGGCUAUGGAAUGGCUUCUACAGCAUGAAAAUGAUGCCGACAUAGACGAGCCUCUGACAUUAGGGGCAAGAGCUGGGAAGAGUCGUAGGAAAAGGAAGGAGUUUGUUCCCAAUCCAAGGGCUGUAAACAACUUGAAAGAAAUGGGCUUUCAGGAAGAAGAAAUUCUAGCAGCACUCAAAGCAACUGGGAACAAUCAAGAAGCUGCUUGUGAUUGGUUGCUUGGUGACAGACAGGGAGGAAUAGGUGAUAUCAAUGAAGGCUUGGACCAGUCUAGUCCAUUGUAUCAGGCCAUUAUGGAGAAUCCUUUAGUCCAGCUUAGUCUUAAUAAUGCUCGAAUUCUAGGAGCAUUUGAAGACAUGCUUGAAAAUCCGUCGACAAGUUCAUUCUACAUUAACGACCCAGAAACUGGGCCAGUCUUACUGCAAGUCUCACGGAUUGUGCAGGGAUUUGCUAGAUGAUACUGAACCAUAUUACUAAACCUGUAAAUAUUUCAUGUAUAACAGUAGUGCAGUCUCAUAACUCUUCUGAAAAGAGCGCUUAUUUGCCAACAUGUUAAUAUGUGCUUAGAAAUGAAGCAACCACGAUUGUGAGUUUCACGGGGGCUGCUCGACGAUGAAAGUGGAGCAACUACUCAAGUUACAAAGUUUUUGUAUCUGUUUUCAAUUAGUUUUUUACGUUAAGUGUAAGGUAGCUAAUUUUUGGCGCACAGUGCCCGGAAACUGUGGAGAAUUCCAAAUCACGGGCGACAAAAUUGUGUACAACAGGCAGUUACUGUGAAUAGGUUUCGCUGGUAUAAGGUCCUAUAGUUACUGUAAUACAACA